UUGUGACUUUAUAUAUACAAUACACCUUCUGUAAGGUUGCCCUAUGGCAAUGAAUCCUUCAUGUUCAAGCCAUUGAUCAUUAAUUCUUUCUCUCUCUUUCUCUCUUACAAUUUCCUUUCACAUUCCUUCUAUUGUUUGUGUUAGCAAAUUUUUAAUCCUUUUUUUUCACUGAAUUCUGGUUUUUCUACUUGUACUUGCAUCAUGCUUACACUAAUAGUAUUCUUUCUUUAAAAUUUUCUUUUUGGGGUUCGGAUCAAAUAAUUCAUUGCUCUGUUUUAUAAAGCUCCAUCUCAAUAGGCAAUAGAGACUUGGAGUGGAAAAAAAACAUGGCAGAAAUGGUUAAUUAUCCCAUGGAGCACCAACUGGGUUGUGGCCUAAUGGGAGGGAUUUUUCCUCGCCGGAGCUGGCAAAGGAAAACAUGUGCAUAUUCACUGCCUGCAGAGAGCAGCAACAAUGUAUUGAAGGAAAAGCAUCCUCCUGUCCAUAUUUCCAAGAGGCAGAGAAGCAAAUCUGAAGCUGCCAUUCUUGACACCUCCAAUCCGGCUAAACCAUUGCCAGAAGUAGGCCAAAAACUUGCCAGAAGGCAUAGUUUGGUUGCUCCAACAGCUUCAACUUCUCAUCAGAAGAAUGAGGGUAGAAAAUCCUCCGAUGCUGCAAGAAUCUCAACAUCAUCUUCGAGUUCGAGCCAAAUGAAAUUGUCACAGACCAAUGGGGUAAAGCUAAGGAAGGACGCCGAAAGUGACUCCAAAGAGCUUAGUAUGAGCAUCACAACUAAUCAUCAACAGUCCAGAGAUAGCAAAACCCUGGUUAGAGCUACUUCGAGCAAUGUGAUGCCAUUAGGCGACUUGGGCAACUUGAGGCAGCUGGGAAAUGGGAAUAUUACGGGUAAUAACAGUCCUAAUAAAACAAUAAAGACUGCGGAUUCCCUUCAUAGGAAUAUUCAAGAAGCAAACUCCACACCCAGAACUAGAAAUAGCUAUAGCAAACUGGGUGGUAAUGGUGUUAUGGGCAACAUUAUGAGGCAGUCCAGCGGCGAGUUUCGACAAUGUCAAAGCCUAACAAGUAGAAUGGAUCCUGAAGUUCUGAAGAAUAUGGGAAAUGAGAAGUACAAACAGGGAAGAUUUGAAGAGGCCUUGGCUUUUUAUGAUCGAGCAGUUGCUCUUGAUUCAAAUAAAGCAACAUAUCGGAGCAAUAGAAGUGCUGCUUUGAUAGGAUUAGGCCGUCUUACAGAUGCUGUCGCCGAGUGCAAAGAAGCUAUUAGGCUUGAUCCUUCUUAUCAAAGAGCACAUCACCGGUUGGCGACACUAUAUUUCAGAUUAGGAGAAGCGGAGAAAGCAUUAUAUCACUACGAACGAUCAGGCUCCUGCGCUGACCCUGAAGACAUUGCUCAAGUUCAGGCCUUGCAAAAGCACCUGAACAGGGGCAUUCAAGCUCGAAAAUUAAAAGAAUGGAAUACUUUGGUAAAGGAAACCGAUUGUGCAAUUUCCUCUGGUGCUGAUUCAUCUCCACAGAUAUAUGCAACACAAGCUGAGGCCCUGUUGAGACUGCACAGACAUGAGGAAGCCUACAGAGCCUACAGGAGGGCACCGAAUUUUAGCGUUGACUCUUGCACUAAGUGCGUUGGCUUGCCUAGCACCUCUUAUCUCUUAAUAAUUGGGGCACAGGUUUAUAUGGCUGCAGGCAGGUUUGAAGACGCUACAGCAGCAGCUCAGCUAGCUGCUCAACUUGAUCCAAGCAACAGGGAGGUCAGUACAGUAGUAAAAACUGCUAGAGCCGUAGCGUCUGCAAGAUUGAGUGGGAACCUGCUAUACAAGGCAUCCAAAUUCUCAGAGGCCUGCGUCGCAUAUAGUGAAGGACUAGAACAUGACCCUAAUAACUCAAUUUUACUAUGCAACCGAGCAGCUUGUCGAUCCAAGCUUGACCAAUUUGAAAAAGCUGUGGAAGACUGCACCGCAGCUCUUAGGUUGCAGCCUAACUAUAGCAAGGCCAGGCUAAGAAGGGCUUAUUGCAAUGCCAAGCUUGAAAGAUGGGAAGCUUCAAUUCAAGAUUAUGAGAUGUUGAUAAGAGGAAGUCCAGCGGAUGAGGAGGUGGGCAGGGCCUUGUUUGAGGCCAGGAUUCAGCUGAAGAAGCAACGCGGUGAAGACACCAAGGACCUGAAAUUUGGUUCUAAUUUGGUGUUCAUUUCCAGCAAUGAACGUUUUAGAUACUUUGUAACUUCGCCUGGAAUGUCAGUGGUGCUCUUUUGUAACAAAGAUAAUCAUAGGCAAGUGUUGCAGCUGAUGGAGCAAGUCUGCAAGCGUUACCCAUCUGUCAACUUUCUAAAGGUGGAGGUGGAGGAUCACCCUUACAUAGCAAAGUCAGAGAGUGUAACAUAUCUUCCAUCCUUCAAGAUAUACAAGAAUGGAUCCAGGGUGAAAGAAAUUCCAGGCAACAACCGCGAAUUACUCGAAAAAUCAGUUAAAUUGUACAGCAGUUGAAUAAGAUAAUUAACCAAAACUGUAAACAUGAUAAAAUUAGUAUGGGAACGAAAAGAAAGCAGCAUCACAUAUAAAAGCAGAAAAAAGAAUAAAGAAGGAAUCAUACUGGCUGCGCCAUGGAUUAAACAAAUUGGAGAGUUCUUUUUUUCUUGAUGAUAAGUCAUUUUUUUUUUAUUUUAAUUUUUUGUUACUUUGAAUAGGAUGCUUAAUGACUGUUUUAUUCAGUUCUCUACCCUACCCAAAUAUCUUUAGCGCCGGCUUUGGCAAAUAAUCAGUUUGCUAAUUAUGUAGUGUGGAGUGGAAAGCAAAAAUUAAACAGUAAGAAUUUGCUUUUGUGUGGAAAGACUUAGAUUAGUGUUGAUCUAUGGAAGUAUCAUUUUAUAUAUAUGUAUA